GUGAAAUACUAGCACGCACGACUGCCGGGGCGCCGGGUGCGCGGUGCGAAGAGUGACAGACAAGUGUGAGAAGAAAAGGGAGAGAAGAAGAGAAAGAAGGGAAGCAGAGGACGGUGCAGCCCUCUGUACUAAUGGACCAUAAGGAUAUUUAACCAUUUGCCCGGGGAGCGCACAGACACCGCAGUCCAUGCCUCUGCCUUGCCAGGUCAUUGAUGGGAAAUCAACUGGAUCGGAUCACCCACCUCAACUACAGCGAACUGCCCACGGGGGAUCCGUCCGGGCUGGAGAAGGACGAGCUUCGGGUCGGCGUCGCCUACUUCUUCUCUGACGAAGAGGAGGAGGUGGACGACCGCACUCCGUCCGACUGCGGCUUCACCAAGGACCACAGCCCGGCCGAGGAGGGACCCUUCUCGGUCAGCGAGGUGGAGUACUCAGCCUUCUGCUCCCAGGAAUGCAUCUUCUCCAAGCUGCGGGAGAACGAGGACUUGAAUGUGUACUCGGCCAAAACUUUGCUGACUAUGUGCAAACCGGGGGACCUGCUGGAACUGGUGGCCACCGCGCAAGCCCCUCACUGGGCCAUCUACGAGCAGGACGACCAGGUCAUUCAUCUGCACAAGGGCGAGAUCCGCAAGGACAGCCUGCUUGAGAUCAGCAACGGCCGCCACGGGAGGAUAGUCAACAAUCGGUACCGGUACCGACCGCUUCCCCCUGACCUAGUGAUGCAGAACGCAGCGGGACACCUGGGCCUGAGCAGCGAGGAGAUAUGCUGGACCAACUCGGAAAGUUUCGCAGCCUGGUGCCGCUUUGGGAAAAGGGAGUUCAAAGCCGGGGGAGAGGCGCACUCGGCGGAGCAGCAGUAUUUCCUCAAAGUGCAUCUGUCCGGCAGCGGGGUGCACACUCUGGUGUUUCGCAGCCUGGAGGACAUGAUACGGGAGAGGAGGCGAGUGGACGCCAGUGGAAUUCUCAAAGAGCUGUCUUUGGUUAACGGGGGCAAGGAGUGAUCAGGGAUUCCGUUUGAUAUCCUCUCCUCCACCCCCUUCCCACCCCCACCCCCUCCGGCUGCCUCUUCUCGCCAAACGCGCACGGACGCACAGUUUUGCGCACACGCAAAUGUACUCAGCACACACGCAACACAAGCACACGGACGCACGCACAUGCAAGGACCUGUUGGCUUUGGACUGUCUUGUUUUGUUCCAGGAUGGACCCCGGGCUGCGUCUGGACCACAUGCGCUCUGUGGAAUUUCCAUCAAAUUGCAGAGUGUUAAAAAAAAAAAAAUUGGGAGAGAGCGGCCAUAUAAACAGACAACGCCCCUUAAGAUUAGAUUCGUGCUGAGUGGGACACACGACUUCUACCAAACAUAUUGCCCCGAACAGCGAAAUCACCUUUACAAACCGCACAUAGCGCACACGGCUCGGUUUGGUUUUGUUUAAUUUCUCGGGAUAAUGGAAUUGGCCCCUUCUCGGCAUAGGGCGCCUGCUGCGGCAGACCAGACGGUGAGACCGGGAGAGGGAGAGAUUGGGGGGCGGGAGUGGGAGAUGAAAGAUAGGAUCUGGGAUGGCUCACGAAAAGUCUCCCUUCUAUUUUUUUACUGUUAGCUUUAAAACCGGGACUGACCAUAACACAGAUCCAAGCCACUAAUUCAUAGACCUCUGACAGUCCUAGAUGGCUACGCAGUUGCCUAAACAAAGCAUUUGGCUUGUUCAAGCUCCCCUUUUUGCCAUAACAAGAGUAUUGUCAUUUUCACAAUGCUGUCAUCCUGCUCCACAGCACUGGAUGUAUGUGUAAAUUGUAUUCAUAUAUUGAUUUCAAUUUGAGUCCCUUAUUUUUGUAUUUAAGUUUAGUGGAUUUAACCCUGAUCUCUCUUUUUUUGAUUCAAAUAAAUGGAGGUUGGAAUAUGAAAAUAA